GAUGUUUGUUGUGUUUCCUCCUCUCGGCUGUUUGUUCAUGGCUCCCCCCAUCGGACUCACUGUAAAAUGGUCGAUUAUUUUCGCGAACCGCCCCGCGCGCUCGCUUGAGGAGACUUUCUUCUUCUCGCUCGCCUCUUGAUGGACAUUUUCAAACUUGACAGGUAAACGCAACGCGCUUUUUUCGCCUGUUUCCCCCGCUCGCCGCGUGUGACGCUCGCUCGCAACGCGCGGCUCCUGCGCCCGCUGCUAACGGAAAUUUUUUGGUACGUCAUUAACAUGGCGCCAAAAGAGUUGUAAGUGUGAGCUAGUGUUUCGCGCAGGAACACACGCAGAAUGUGAAGAGGAGCGCGUUUGUGUGUCGACAGCUUCACUUCGCAGGAUGUGAGGACACCAGAAACAGUUUUGCGGAUGACGAGCGCGCUGUGCUGUUUUCCGAAGCAGCAGUUUUAGGACGGCUGUAAUAUGCCGUCGGCUCGGGCAUCUCAGCCGCACACAGUAACUUUUAUCGGGGCUGAGGAAGGUGCGUGGCCUCGGAUGAUCCUCUGAUCUCUGCGAGGACACCAUCAUCAUCUUCACCAUCCUCAUCAUCACCAUCACGCCCUCUCUCCGCAGAAAAGAUGGAGAGUGAGAUGAAGAGGAGGAAAUACUCCACCAGCAGCAACGACUCCGACACCACUGACAGUCAGGUGACCACCUGGUCCCGCUCCUCCAAGAACACUGGCACCAGCAGCACAUGGGUUCGCCAUGAGCAGAAGAGGCCGUCUGAGGUGUUUCGGACAGACUUUAUUACAGCCAUGAAGUUGCCGGAUUCAGCACAGCUGAGCGCAGACGAGUUUUAUAUUCUGUGCGACCCCUGGAGGCAGGAGUGGGAGAAGGGCGUUCAGGUGCCAGCCAAUGUGGAGACCAUUCCUGAGCCUGUGGUCCGAAUGCUCCCGGAGGUCAGCCGAAUCCCGUUCUUCUCUGCGGUGCAAACGCGGAGCCAGUCGGAGAUCUCUGAGCCUCUCAGCCGAUACGAUCUGGAUGAUCUGGAUGUGGCCUGGCUGGAGCUGGUCAAUGCAGAAUUCAGACAACUAGCUCUGCCGGAGCUGGACGAGCUGACCAUGGAGCAGCUGCUGGUGGAGCUGGAGCGCCGCUGUCAGCAGAACAUGCAGCAGCAGAUCGAGAACCAGGAGGGUUUGGGCAUCGAGUACGACGAGGACGUAGUGUGUGACGUGUGCCGAUCACCUGAAGGAGAAGACGGCAACGAGAUGGUGUUUUGCGACAACUGCAACGUCUGCGUCCACCAGGCGUGUUACGGGAUCCUGAAGGUGCCGCAGGGGAACUGGUUGUGCCGGACGUGCGCGCUCGGAGUUCAGUCCAAAUGUCUGCUGUGUCCCCGCAGAGGAGGAGCUCUGAAGCCCACCCGCAGCGGGACCAAGUGGGUCCACGUCAGCUGUGCCUUAUGGAUCCCUGAGGUGAGCAUUGGCUGCCCGGAGAAGAUGGAGCCGAUCACCAAAGUCUCCCACAUCCCCGCCAGCCGAUGGGCUCUCUCCUGCAGCCUGUGCUGUGAACACUCCGGCACCUGCAUACAGUGCUCCAUGCCGUCCUGCAUCGUGGCCUUCCAUGUGACCUGUGCGUUUGACCACGGGCUGGAGAUGCGCACCACACUGGCGGACAACGAUGAGGUGCGCUUUAAAUCCUACUGUCUGGAGCACAGUAGUGUCUGGCGCUCAAACAGCAGCGGUGGCGUACAGUCAGACAGACCCGACCUGCGGCACGCCGUCCCUGAUCCGGCAGCGGCACAGAAGCAGGAGCAGGCGGAGCGGGAGAAAGCCAGCCAGCGCAAGCAGAAGCUGCAGGAGCUGGAGGAUGAGUUCUACACACUGGUGGAUCCCAAAGACAUCGCAGAGAGCCUGUCCCUGCCCGACGCUCACGUGGACUUCCUCUUUCAGUACUGGAAACUGAGGCGGAAAACCAACGCCAACAAGCCGCUGGUGUCCAUGAAGAGGGACGAGGUGGACAAUCUGGCGCAGCAGGAGCAGGACGUGCUGUACCGCCGGCUGAAGCUCUUCACUCACCUGCGCCAGGACCUGGAGAGGGUCAGAAAUCUGUGCUGCAUGAUCACACGCAGAGAGAAGAUCAAGCACUCUUUAUGUAACCUGCAGGAGAAGAUCUUUUCAUUGCAGAUUCAGCUCUUGGAGCAGAACCUGGUUGGAGAGAAAACUCAGAGAGGCGAAAGAAUGCAUCGCAAUAGAGUCCAGGAACGAGUAAAAGAAAGGAGGAAGAAUAGUCCAGAAAAGAAAGACAAGUGGAGAUCAGAUGACAACUCUCUGUUCUCACAGCUGGGUUUCUCCAGAUCGUUCCCCCUGGAUGGCUCGCUGUUCGACAGCUGGCAGGCUCAGUCCAUCCACAUCUCAGCAGAGAGCAUGCUGAGCCGCUGGUCUCUGUCUGCCGGGACGCCCGAAGCCUCGGCCAGUCUGCUGUCGGACCAGCUGCUGCGGGGUGAGGAGAGCCUGCUCAGCCUCAUGAUGGACUCCUCCAUGCAGAACACCUGGAAGACGCCUCGGCUCGGACGCAAACACACCAAAAGUGCGCCCCGCAGCCGCCGGAAGACCCUCUGCUCUCCACCCGCUAAAGGUAAAGUGUGUGUGACGGAGCGGCGGUGCAGACGCGGAGAAAAAACUGAGGAUUUCCAGCGCAGCAGCGACGGCAGGUCAGACCCUCUGCAGCCCGCCAUCGCCAAAAUGGACUCGUGCCACAUUUCUGAAGAACGAGAUUCAGUGCUGGAGAACCGCUCUCAGAAGAGCUUACGCAUGCGUCUGCCCAGACAGAGCAACACCCGCUCUAAAAGCCAAACUGUGGAGUCGUCUGUGCAGAACAACACACCCGACACUGAAACCGACGGGUAUUUCUCUGAUGAAGAACAGAGCGACGGGGAAUUGCGAUUGAUUAGCCGGAAGUUGCGAUUGCCUCAAAUGCAUGCUGGGAAGGAGGAGGUGGUACGGCGAAGUUUGCUCGCCUCUUAGAUGUGUUCUCGUGCCGUGAGCACGCUGCAAAACAUGCUGUCUGGUUUCUAGUCCGAAUAAAUUCCUAAAUCAAGAAGCAUUUUCUAGAUGAGCCAAAAAUGUAUUGUUUUCAGAAAUCAUGAGGCAAUAUGAAGCGAGAUUCUCUUUUAAAACAAGCUAAAUAAUCUGCUGAUGGGGUACGGGAAAUAAGCUUGUGUUAAAGUAAAAAAUAAGAUUAUUUAGCUUGUUUUCAGGAGAAACUCUCUUCAUUUUGACUCGUUAUUUCUGAAAACAAGACAGUAUUUAGUGCUUGUCUAGAAAAUGCUUCUUGAAUUUAGAAUUUUUAGAUGUUUUACUAGAAACAGGGCAAAAAAUUAAUUGAAGCAUUUUGUACAGUGCAGAUUUUCCACCUUUGGGCCAAUGAGAGCGUCAGAAAGGCCUGAGUUAAACUGCGCUUCCACUGUCAGAUCAGUAGAGGGCCACACGUAUGAGGGUUUCUCUGACCGGUAUUUCGACAUCAGGCUGCCGAUGACCGAUAUUUGAUGCUGUUUUUUCUUUAGUUUUAAUGUCCAGCCUGCACUGACAGUGGAAAUGUGACUGGCCGUGGAAACACACGGACACCCUCACUAGCUGUGUUUCCAUCCACCCAUUUUUAAGCGCAUUUUGGAUUCUUGCAUAAAACAGGCUUGAUGGAAAUUAAGAAUCAAUUUUUGAAGCUGCACAUAAACUAUGAUGUAAACAGAUGUACUGCAUUAAUUCCGUCAUCACAGUGCUUCAGUAUUCUUCUGUUAUGAUUCCCUCCAGAACUGUCUUGAGCAUCUGUCUGCGCUCCCGUCUCACGUCUCCAGAAGCCACUGCGUUUACCGCGUUCAUUGCGUUUGGUCUUGGUCUUCUGACUCAUUUAUUAGAGGAGAAGAAACAGCACAGUGGAGAAUCCCAACAGUGCAGCAGACUCCACUCCUCUCAGUGAUAUCUGUGCAUGUUUAGCAGGAAGGGAUACGUUUUGCUCUCUUUCACUCAUCAGAUGGAAACGCUGCAUUGUUUGCAAAUCUUUUAAGCGAUAUUCCAGUUUUGCGCAUAGAUUUUAUUUUUAUCUCUGGAUGGAAACACUGCUAGCAUUGGCCUGAUGGUGGAAACAUGGCUCUGGCGCUUAAGUGUUUGCUUCAUCAGUAGGACACACAGUCUCUCAGCCCACAUCUGUUUCCAGACCUUCAGCUGUAAUAGCUUGUUUUCUGUGUCAGAGUAUAAUAGUCAUUUAUGCAACCAUUAUCAUUUGUGCUCGACAAGCAGCAAGAAACAAGACGAAGUCUAGAUGAACACUGUCCUCUUGGGAGCCAGCAGGUUGUGUCCUGAGAUAGGACAGUGACGUGGGCAUUAUGACGUGUGUAGGUCGUGUUCCCAGAGUAUGCGACUACUGUCAAAUGAUGUACAGAGAAAAUCUGACACAAAUAAGCACAAUUAUCCAUCGGGGAAUGUAGCACACAUGUACAUGCGGUAUCCUCCGCCUCAGUUUCUCUGACAUAGGCUAGAUGUGAGAGCGUCACGCAUACGACAGCUUUCCUCAUGGCCGAAUCUUCCCAAUGUGUGAACAUGAAGCCUGUGUUACUUAUUACAACUCAGCACUUCUUAAAGUGGUCCACAGUUGCUGGUUGCUUGACCACUUCGUUUUUUUCUAAUUUUUUUGAGUGAUCACCUCUAUCGGUACUUCUGGUUUAAUUCUUCUUCCCUUCCCUUUAUAAACAGACCAUAAAAUGUAGCAUUCAUCAGUUUCGAUCAUUAUAUUUAGACUAGUGCUGUCAAUCGAUUUGAAAAAAUUAACUAAUUAUUCACGAUUAAUCGCAAUUAAACGACUGAAACUGUUUUGGCUAUUCAAAUGUUAAAUUAAUGUAAAUUCAAGACAAAGAAACUAGUUAAAUUCAAAAUAUGAUGAACUUUUGCUUAACUUGUAACAGAUUUCUUCAUGUAAACAACAUACAUGAAGAAAUAAACCAUCAAGAUCCUCUAACAGUUGGCUUGACGGCCCUAUUUAUUACAGAAAUAAUAACACAGGCAUGUAAAUGACAUUUGAAUUUCAAAACAAUCAAUGCCAAUAAAAAACCAAAAUUGAUUUCCAUGUUGAAUUCUAAGUGGACUGCUAAAAAUUCCAAAAUACAGGCACUGCAAAUAUGGAAAUUGGAAAAUUAUAAUAACAAAGGGUUGAAUACAAACAAUUGCACUCAUUGAAAAGUUGAGAAAAUGAAUUAUAAAGUAGAAACUAUUUUGCUUAGUCCUCCUUUACAUUCAGCCAGUUGCUAAGACUGUCCAGUCUGUUGACAUUAUCGGGACUGUGGCCCUUUUCUUUUGAAUGAUAUGACCUGAGAGUGAGAACAAGCAAAAUCACAGAAUCAGCAUAUGAAUUUCGGUUCCACUGGUGCUGCGACAAGGAUGUAAGAAGCAUCAAAGCGUCAAAGGCACGCACAGGUACGCGCUGUGUCACACCAAAGACUAUAGACUUCUUACAGGGACUUUGGUCACACCAUCUCUAAACAUUAAAUUCUAAACAACGUUGAGGGAUACGAACACCGUCCGUUUGUUCUUGUUGCUAGGAAACACACGCACACACACAACGUGCGCAGUACAGCGCACCCGAGCAACUCCCUUCAGAUUCAUCAACACGUACCAUCACGUUCAUCAAAUUUGCUUAAAAUAAGCGUUCUAAAGUAUGGCUAUAUUGUACGAGCUGGAAUCUGACACAGCAAUAUGAAGCAGACACUUUACAAAAGUUGCGUGUGAGGGUGGAAACACGUCAAACUUAAUGAAACAUUUGAGGGUGCAUGGACUCAACUAAAGGCAGAGGAAUGCGCUGUCUUUCAUUAAGUACAUUUACAUGAACACCAAUACUCCGACUGUAAUAUGAUAAAGAUAAUAAGCUGAUUAAGAGUCGACCAUGUAACCAGCGUUUUUUGAUUACCUUAAAGGAGUCGAUUACCCGAGUCACGAGAUGCGGAAGUGUUUUCUUUCUGUUUGACAUGUGGUAUCAAAUUCCAUUAAAUGACUUCUAAAAGUCCUUCCUUGGUCUUAUCCAUAUUACUUUGCACGUUGAACACAUGUCUGCCACAACAGGAAAUAAAAAAACUGCAACUGCGUUAAGUGCGUACAUUUUUUAACGCGUUAAAUAUUUCAAAUUAAUCGCAUGAGUUAACAUGCUAAUUUUGACAGCGCUAAUUUAGACCUACAUUUAACAAUAAUGUACACGCAGGUGUUUGUGUGUGCAUCCGAGAUCAGUUUCUGAUUCAGGGAGCUUUAGGAGCUUUAAGAGCAAAGAUACUAAGGUUUUCAUUGACAUCUGUAAGAGGUAAACGGUAACCGAAAGAGGUAAUCACUCAAAAACUAAUUUAAUCACAGGUAUGUUUCUCUUCCAGGUUUUGGUGCAUUUAUUCAAAAGGAACUCUUGUUGUUUUCCAUUAAACUGUGCCUUCUGAAGCCCCCCAAAACAAACUAAUAAUCAGCAUGUUCAGCAAUUUUAUUACAAAGAUGGCAAUCAGAAAUGAGCACAUGUGCAAAAGUGUUGAGGUGACCCAGAAACUGCUGAAAUCAUCAGUCCUGCUUUAGCGAAACACUGUCAUCAGUCAGUCAGUCAGUUCUUCAAUGGUUUAUUGGCAUUUCAAAUCGGAUCCACACUUACAAAGUGCCCUCAGGCUGGUGUUUCCCCUCUGAUUGUGACCCAAUCAACCCAUAGUGUGUAUCUCAGGGUUCAAGAAAAGAAGUGAUCACAAUCAUCUGAACAGCUUAAACCUGUAUGUUCACCCCAGCUAAGUUUCUUUGGCAAAGAGAGGCUCUCCAGAGAAUCAACAAAAAAAGGAUGAAGCACUGAUUUUAUUUCCUUCUUUUUUUAGUUUGAUGAUGCCAAAGAAAAGCAAGUCUGCAAAUGCUCUGAAGUGGAUGUUAUCAUGUUGUCUUCUGAACAACAACAGAGCUUGCCCUGAUAUCCACCCGUACACUCCUUCAUAAUGCUGAGGAUGAUGCUUUAUUUACCGUAAUCCUUCCUUUACAGUCAGCCUCUGAGCAAACUGCAUCCUAACAGAAGGUCUGUUCAGCAGAAGACUAGAGUAAAGCACAAGUCUCAGUGAUUUUGUCUUCUGGAGAAGAGUCUGAAGCCGGGCAUACACUGUGCAGUUUUGCUUUGAUUCAGCUGUGAAUUCUGACGGAGAGACGAUUAAACUCUCCAAAUCGGAUGAUAAGAUGAUGUUCUGGCAUGCCAGAAAUUUAACUCGAACCCAGUAUGAACUUAUGAACCCAGUAAGUUUUUACUGAGUGUGUGUGGCCUUCAUUGAAUCUGUGCAAAACCAACACACACACACACACACACACUUGCAGGUUCACUCAGGCACACUGGUGCAUUAUUAAUGUACAUAUUCUAGAAUGCACAGCAACAAUUAAAAGAGUAUGAUACACUGUUCAUAUAUUUGCGAGAUAGACAUCUGAUUAGGAUCUGAUUUUGUGGUUGGUGGUAUUACUUUUAACACUCCUUCCCAUGGGGGUGUGUAAAUGCACCAUAUACUGGUUUGCUAACCACUAUUAAAGGAGACCUAUGCACAUCUCUAGAGUGUGUGUGUUUGAGCUGAGAAUAGCACACAGAUAAUGUUUUCAAACUCUCUGAAACAGACCCUUUAGGCUUUUAUCCUAACCGUGGCGUUUUGGUGACUGUCACUUUAAAUGCAAAUGAGAUUAUAAAAGUAAUUUUUGCAUAAUAGGUGCCCUUAGCGGGUGUUAACUGUUGAUUCAGCACUCAGACCGUAUAGUGUGUGCACAUGUUUCAUGAGCUUUGCCAUCACAUGUGAUCUUCCUGUACAGUGUGAGUUACACUGUAUUAAACUGCACAGGGUAUGCCCGGCCUUAUAUGUUGUGAACAGUACCGCAGUGAAUGAACGGUCACUGAAAUGCUUCACUCCUCAUUCUGACUCUUCAUUUGUGGAAACGUCUGUCUGCUGCUGUAUCCCGCAGAGCGCAGACAGCGACCUGUACAAAUCUCAUGUAUCGUAGCUGCUUCAAUAGGGACUGUUGAUAGACGCUGGUCAUUUGCCGUUCUCUGGUUCAGUAUGCACCAAACGCACACAUGCAAUACUGUGCCUUUAGUGAGCUAGUUUCAGCCUCCUGCAAGAGGUCACGCUUCUUUUGUCAUGCUCCGCCGCCGGUUGUGUACCGAAACAUGUACUCUACGUAAGCUCUGUAAAUGUUCAGCUUCUGUGCAGUCAUUUUCUCCCAUGAUGCAACAGGACCAGAAUGAGAUCUUGACCCUUGCAUGUUAUUAGCGAGCCAGUCAUUCAGUGACUGUGGUCUUUACACUUGUUAGUCUUUUGCCUCUGAGGUGAAGAAGAGCUGGAAAUCAGCAAGGGGUGUGCGAUUUUGCCAGAAACUGAUGUCUGGAUAUUUUCUAGCAUUUUCUUUUUGCUGAUUAUAAUCAGGCCAUAUUUUGUUUUUGUUUGGUUUGUGGAAUCCAAGAGACAUAAUCGACACUUAAAACAGCAAAUAUGAUUACUAUUCUAGACUGAACACAUCGCACACCCAGCAGUUCUUCCAGCUUCAGCUUCAUGUUGUGUGGUUAGGCCUGAAGACCCGAGACCAUCUCAAAGGAAAUCUACACUUCUGAAUGAGGGCCAUUCACUCCUCUUGCACUGCAAAAACUGCGGUUCCUGCUGAAAGUUUUUGUCUUCUUUCUAAAUGUCCAAGCAUUCUUAAAUCAGUCAGCAUUUUCUACACAAGCAUACAUAUAGUUUUGUUUUGAGAAAUAACGAGUCAAAAUUAACAGAGUUUCUUCUUAAAACAGGCAAAAUAAUCUGACAAUGGAGGAAGAAAAAUAAUCUGACGUCAAAAUGAAGACCAAGAUUAUUUAGCUCACCCCAUUGGCCCUUUAUUUAUUAAGGAAAACCUGCUAUUUUGACUGAUUAUUUCUUAAAAAUUUGGUAAAACAGUUCAAUAACAGUGGAUAAAUGAUGAUGUACUACUGUAAUAUGUACUCUAAAUAUGACGUUAUUAUAAACUAAUCGUGAUGCCAGUGGGGUCAGCUAAAUAAUCAUACAAUAAUAAUAAUAAGUAUGUCAAUAGAAAUAAUAGAUGAUUUUAUUUUCCCAUUGUCAGAUUAUUUAGCAUGUUUUAAAGUGAAACACUCUUCAUUUUGGCAUUAUUUAUUCAAAUAAGACGUGUUGUGCGUGUCUAGAAAAUGCUUCUUGAUGAUUGGACUACAAUCGAGACAAAAACUUGAACUAAUAAAUAUAUCUUUUUGCAGUGUGUCAAACUGAUAAUCAAUCCCUCAGUUAUAUUCUACAGAGUUGAAUCUCCUCAGUUGGAGGAGUGGAUAAAAAAGUCAUAUAUCAUCUACAAGCAGUAUGUUUUGCAUUUAAAAUAUGAGGUCGCUCAUCAGGGGGAUGUGUUUUUGUGUUUGUUUUGCAUUUGCACAUUCUAAAUGAGUCGUUUUUAAAAUAUUUAGUAGUAACCAAGAAGCCGUAAUGGUUUCAUGAAAUGUACACAGUGUUGUGUUUGAUUAUGCACAGAAUCUGCAUUCAGAUGUGGCCACUUCAUCUGACCUCUGCAGCGCUGCAUGGGCUUCAUUUAUAAAACAUGCAAAUGCAGAGAGUGAUAAAAAUGGGCUUCGGCAUGAAGACGUGAGGCUCUGAGCAGAUGUGCACACUUUACCUUAAUAUUUGGAAAUCAGAGCUCCUUUUUGCCAAUCACCAUUGUAGACUUGGACAUUGAUUGGUGGAUUUUAAUAUUCACUUUAUAAUUUGGAGCUAUUUGUUAGGUGAAGAUCUGAAACCACUCAGCUGUGCUCAAUUUGCAACUCAAGUUAUAGAAACCUAUAUGGCAAUAUAUGCAACCUAAAU